AUGCCUCUCUACGAAGUCAUUCACGCGAUACCCCUUACCGAGAAGCAGCAAGAUGAACUAGCUGAAGCAAUCACAGUUAUUCAUACCACGGCUUUUGAUGUUCUCCGAUUGUUUGUUAAUGUAAGGUUCGUGGACGCGUCAAGCUUGAACACCUAUAUCGCCGGCAAACGACGUAAAGCAAACCACAUCCGGGCUGCAGUACGUUUGGGUUCACGUACCCAUGAAGAGUUUUUGACUCUCUGCAGAUCUAUCGAGGAAGCCUGGAAUCGGAUCAUAUAUGAACCGGCAAAGAGUGAACAGAAUCGAUACAAACUACAAACCCUAGUUUUAACACCGUUCAAUCUCAUUGGAAUUGAGGCUGGUUUUGAAAAACCCAUUGCUGGAGAGGACGGGAAUUGGCUGAAAAAACAUUGGGACGAAUUUCGCCAAAAAGCAAACGAAGGAGACGAAGAUUUUAUUCAGGUGGUAAAGGAAGCCGAAGAACGAGGUCUUCUGAAGUGA